AUGGUUGAUCCAACAUUAUUCCCUUACCCUCCUCGAGCGCGUCCGCGGUCCCCAGCAGAAGCACAAAUUCUAUAUGAACGUAUAAGAAAUUGCGCCUUAUGGUUGGAUGCAAUUCCGGGCCUACCGGUUUCAGUUGGAUUUGAUGCUAUUCUGGGGCUAAUUCCAUCAAUUGGAGAUGUUUCGGGGCUGAUCCUUGGAAUGGUACAUACGAGUAAUUAA